UCUAUAAAAGUCUGAGACGAAGCAGAGUAAGUUGGCAGCAAGAGAUCAGCGAAGCAACUGAAGCAGCCAUGGCUUCCUCCGAUCUCUCCACCAUCCUUCCCCGCGUCAUCAUCGUCUCUCGCAGAUGCGUUCGUAAGAACAAAUUCGUGGAUUUUGUCGGAGAAUACCACCUGGAUCUUAUCCUCCGCUACGGCGCGGUUCCCAUCAUCGUCCCCCGCGUCGCCGGAGUUCAUCUCCUACUCGAAAGCUUCGAGCCAAUUCAUGGCGUCCUACUCUGCGAAGGCGAAGACAUCGAUCCUUCCCACUACUCCUCCAACCCCUCCGACUUCCUUUCUCCAUCCGAACUCCAUGAAAUCGGCCUCACCCAUUCCUCUGACACUGCAACAGAUCCUUCAAAAGACUCCAUCGAACUUCGUCUCUCCCACCUCUGCCUCUCCCGCGGCAUUCCCUUCCUCGGCAUUUGCAGGGGAUCUCAGAUCCUCAACGUCUCCUGCGGCGGAACCCUGUACUGCGACGUCGGAAAAGAGUUGCGGCAUUUCGUCGAACAUGUCGACUACCAGAACUAUGAUGGACAUAGGCAUGCUGUGGACGUGGUGGAUGGGACGCCAUUGAAAGAGUGGUUUGGGGAGAAGGAGAUAUUGGUGAAUAGUUAUCAUCAUCAAGGAGUUAAGAGAUUGGCGGAAAGAUUUCGGGUUAUGGCUUUGGCUAAGGAUGGUUUGGUGGAAGGGUUUUAUGAUCCGGAGGUGUUUGAUGUGGAAAAGGGGAAGUUUUUGAUGGGAUUGCAGUUUCAUCCGGAGAGGAUGAGGAAGAAUGGGUCGGAUGAGUUUGAUUAUCCGGGUUGCGCCAGGGCUUAUCAGGAGUUUGUGAAGGCAGUGGCAGCUUAUCAGAGGAAGGUUAAUGGUGCGAUAAAUCAGAAGGUUGCCAGAACUCCAAGAUUUGAUCAGGAGAUGGAGGAGAAGAGGAGGGUGAUUGUUAGAAGUUUCUCCAUUGCGAAGGACCUGUAUGUUGGAAGGCAUGACAGGCCGAUACUUGAGAAAUCUGAUCUGGAACCUGGAGCAGAGUUCCUUGAGUCCAACACUGCACUGAGUUUGCAGCAGGAGAAAAGACUGGAGCAGAUGGGCGCAACUGUAAGGAACUCCAAUUCCUAUCUUCAGAGGGUUAAGAAGAACCAGGAAGGGCAGAACAUUGCAAGAAACUUGAUGAAUAAAAUGUCUGUUGUUCAGCUUUCGGAGCUGCUUUCUUUCUACAGCAUGAUGGGUCAGCUUUGCUCUGAAGUGUUGGAGUUGAAGCUGUUGACCAUUUGAAGAACAGGACAGGAGAUAGUUUUUAGAACUCAUUCGGUCCACCCCCUUCAAUGCUCCUAUCUGAAUGUUAGGUUUCAUAAUCUGAGUCAUUUCGGUGUUUUCAUUUCUUACUAUAUGUAAUUUCAUUUUUGCUGCACCUGAAUGUUAUAAAUCAAAGAAAGGGAAAUUCACAUUAACGAUUAGUUUGCUUUGACUGUUUUGCCCCUAUUUUAGUUUUUA